AUGCGUUAUUCUCUGGCCGUUCCGGCUCUCGCAGCAUUGGCUGCUGCUCUUCCAGCUCCCCAGCUGAUCGACCUUGACAUGGUCGCCGCUCAACCCAACAUUUCCUACACUACUACCGCUUCAAGUGUGACCUACGACGUCACUUCCCUUGCCGCUCAAGCUACCGACGAUAUCACCUCGAUUCCUGUGGACCUCAGCGCCAUCGCUACUCAAAGCCCUCUUGCAGUCAUCGAGAAGAGAGCUGCAUGUGCUGCCCAGCCUACUGGAGUCUCAGGAGCCUAUGCUGCCCCAGCCGAACCUACUGAUGACACUGUAUCUGCAUUUGCAGCCAAUACCGCAUUCGCUGCCGCGGCUUCCAGUGCCCCUGUUCCUUCCGGAUACUCUAAUACCUUCACCAACUUGAACGCAUCCAACUCAGCUUAUGGCUACAUGGGUUUUACCACUCUCUCUUCAUACGACACCGACAAGUGUGCUUCCAAGUGUAAUGCCAUCAACGGUUGCAUGUCCUUCAACUUGUACUUCGAAAGGGAUCCCAGCCUCGAGCCUGCAGCUGCCUGCCCGAACCCCACUUCGACCACCAUCAUCAAGUGUGUGUUCUGGGGAGGUCCUGUGUCGUCUUCAAAUGCCAAUAACUACGGCCAAUGGCGUAACAAGUUUCAAGUUGCCAUCGCUGGCUCAAACGGUUACAUGAACCAGACACUCGAAGUGCCUGCAGGUUUCGGCAAUGUUCAGUACCUCAAUAACGCUGCUAUCAACGCUCCUCUUGAUCACGAGGGUUACGACACUUUCAUGGGAAGCCGUAUUUUCACCGCUGGCCCCUUCAACGCAUCUCUUUGCGCCGCUCAUUGCCAAGCUCAAAACAAGUACAACAUCGCCACUGCUCCUAAGGAUGGAACUCCUCCCAAGAUUUGCGACUUUUUCAACACCUACCUUCUUUAUCUUAACAAGACUUCCAACAGUCAAGGCCAAUACUGCUCUCUUUACACCGAAGCCUGGGAUUCGAGCUAUGCGACCAACAAGGGCCAAUACCGUGGAAAUGACCACUACAUGAUCGAGUACUCUUAUACUUUCACUAACACCUCCAACCCUGGAUUCAACCCUAAAAAGGGCGAUACUGUCGGUGCUAUCUACCAGGCUGUCAAGGACAUUAAGUACGCCACUCUUCAACCUUUCUGCUCUGCAGCUCUCAGCUACAGUGCUCUGGUUGCCACUGUCACUCCUACUUCAUUCGUCACCCCGUUCGUCACCAGCACCGCCUUCAGCACAACCACUACUACCGCUAGCAUCGACAAGCGUGCUGCUGUGACUGCCGGUUCUGCAUCUUUGUCGACCCCUGCUGUCUUGAGCAAGUAUCCUGCUUCUGUCAUGUCUAGCGCCUGCUCCUUGUUGGUCAGCCAAGCCACUAGCACCUCUACCUCCACUGCUCCUGCCACCAUCAUCUCAGUCGCAACUCAGACCACUCUCGAGACCUCCGUACUGACUGUCACUGCCUCUGCUAUCCCUAGCGCUUGCGGUAACAAGGGUAUUCAAUAUGCCUUCUACGGCGCUGGCGUCUACGCGGAAGGCAACAAUGUCCUGUGGGUCGAGCCUUCCAACUACGCAACCAAGACGCCAAACUGGCAAAGCACCACCAACAGCGUCGGCGGUAUCAAUGUCAACGCAGCCCAAAGUAUUCAGAUCUACGACUCUGGCAACUACGCACCCUCGGAAUAUUUCAUUCUGAACCACCGCGGCUACCUGUUUGCCCAGAUCGCUGGCACCUACACCUUCACUCUCUCAAACCCUGACGACAUUGUGUUCCUCUAUCUCGGCGAGACCGCCAAGCACGGCUGGAGCAGAGGCAAUGCAGCUGCUGCCGCCUCUUGGAACUCAGAUACUGGGUUCCAAUCUACCGCCACUGCCACAUACACCCUCAAGGCUGGGGAAUACCUCCCUUACCGUAUUUUCUUUGGUCAAAUGGGCGGACCCGUCAAAUUCUCGUUUUCUAUCAAAGCCCCUGAUGGCACUGUUAUUCUGGACAGCAACACUUCCGAGUCUGACUUUAUUGUUCAGUACUCGUGCGAUGGCACUACUGCUCCUGCUUUCCCUGCCUUUGGUAAGGAGUGA